CGCGAAGGCGGCAACUCGGUGUGGAACAUGCCACGACGCCACGUGAAGGAGCGUACCAAUGAUACGAAGAGCGCCGAGCACGAAUCCGAGGCCGAGGACAUGGAAGAGAAUCAGGAAACCCAGGUGAAUGCACCUGCAUCGAGCAAGUCGCGAUCAAAGGAGGCAGAUAAUUCCGAACACAAUGAAGGAACAAGUUCAACCCAGGGGGGUGAUCCAGAAGAUGUACCUGACGAUGAAGUUGACGAGAAAACGCCGCCUGCAAAGCUACGAAGUAGAACUAUAGCUAAUCCAGCUGCAUCCACAGUUGCGACGAAGAAAGACGGGAAAGAUAAUGACAAGGACGAUCAACAACAGAAGUCACCGGAUGCUACUCCAGUCGACAACGAGCCCACACGUACUCCAGCUACCGCUCAGCGACGCAGUGCACGUGCUCACAACCCCGCUCCAGUCUACACAUCCCCGGCAGUGUCAGCUUCGAAGCGAGACUCCGAAUCAACUGCAUUCGAGCCUCGAUUAUCGCAACCCAAAACACCGAUAGGUCGUCCUCCUCGUCCAACGGAACGAACACUGCGCGUCCAAGCUGGUAAGUCGGUGAAGGAUACGUCAAAACAUGUGAAGUCGGCACGCGACGAUGGCAGUGACGACGAGAGCGAGUUCAUGCUUUACGAAGCCGUCAAAUCCGGUUCUUCCAGCAUCGCGACCCUGGCGCGCGAGUGGCGCAGUCGUUUCGAGGCAGACGCAGAUGCUGCAUCUCGCGAAUUGAUCAACUUUAUCAUGAAUGCUUGUGGGUCGGCGUCCAUAUGUGUCGAAGAGCAGGACGAUUUGGACGAGCUCGACUUGAUGGCAUUCGUGGACACGGUUGUCGUAAGCUUGCAGGCGUCCGAGCAGCAGGUGUACCCGCUCGCGUCCAAGGCAAAGGGAUGUCGCAAGUUCAAAGACAACUUCGAGUCGUUCUGGAAGCACUUUGUUGAGGAAUGCUGGGACAGCGAGCUUAUCCACACGACGGACAUUGUUGAGAAGGCAGUUGACUGGCUCAACUCUCUCUCAAGUUCAGAAGUCCGCGCGAUCCGCCACACAUCCACGUUUGCCGCGUAUGCGAUCGGGAACGCGCUGGUGGCCCGCGCCAAGCAGCUCACCGAUCAACUCGUUCCGAUCAACCGGCAGUGCGCCGCCGCCGACAUGGACGGCAAAACGACGCCCAAGUCCAAGGCCAAGUCGAACCCCAAACUUGCACGACUGUUGGAACUCAAGGGCACGUACGAAGAGCAGCUCGCCAACACGAUGACAUACUUGACAUCGCUCUUCAACGGCGUGAUCGUCCAUCGGUAUCGGGACACGAUGCCCGAGCUCCGCAUCGAGUCGGUGCAAACUCUCGGCCUCUGGAUCGAGACCCUCCCGGGCGAGUUCCUCGUCGACAACUACCUCAAGUUUCUUGGGUGGAUGCUUAAUGACAAGUCGUCCAAGGUGCGCCUCGCCGUCGUCGACGCCCUCCAAACGCUGUAUUCGCACGAAGCGAACGCUGGAAAGCUCGCCCUCUUUACCACCCGCUUCUUGCGGCGAUACCUCGAAAUGUGUGACGAUGUCGACGACAACGUUGUCCUGAGUAUCGUGGAGCUCUUGGCGAAGAUCGACAGAUUAAACCUCCUCGAUGGAGAGAGUGACCUGAGUGUCGUGGAGAGGCUCGUGUUUGACCCGGACUCCCGCAUCCGUCGGUCCGCGGCCGAGUUCGUUUGUCUGCAGUACGACGCGUUCGGCGUCAGCGACCACGACAUGACGGAAGCGCAGCUGAUUGUGCAGGCGGUCGCGCUGGUUGAAUUCGCCGAAGAGUACAUGGGUUGUGACGGCAAAGACGAGGCUCUCGACCGAAUCGAUCUCCUCGUGACUGCGUUCUGGGACAACGCUGAUUGCCAGGUGUUGACAAAUUGGCGGCUCCUGGCAGUGCUCCUGGGGUCCGACACCCAUGAACCGUCCUUAUCGAGCCACCAGCAGACUAUUUUGAUUUGCAUGCUCAUCGGCACCAUCAAGCAAAUUGGGGCCACAGGGCACGGCGUCACGAAGAAGCCGCGUAAAAAGGGCGAUGAAUCGGAGCCGAUGACGAUCUUUUUUUGCCGAGAAAUCCCCACCCUCAUGCUCCGCUUCCAGUCAGAGCCAGCAAAGCUGUGUUUGCUGUUGCAACUUGUGUCGACGCUCAACUGGAACGACACCACGAUUAUGAACCAGCACAAGAAGCACGUAGAAGAGCUACUCGGCCGCCUCAAGCACGCGUACACGACGCACUCGGACGAGCGAUUUCUCCAGGAGCUAUCUCGCUGCGUCCACCACAUGACUGAAUUGUCCAACACAGCCCUGGCGCGGCAAGCCGCCGUCCUUGAACAAGAACUCAUGCGCGACUCGAUCGAGCAGUGCCAGACGCUGCUGAAGCAAGACAAAAAGUCCAAGUCAAAAGACACCGAGUUUGGUCUCCAAGCGUGGCUCGCGAGGCUCCAUUUCCUCAGCGGGUACAUUAACUUGAACGACGUCAAUCUUGGAGAUCUCCCUGAAACCCUUGCGACAUUUGUUCACGACCGUACGGCGCUGGUGGACCUCGCGGCCGGCCCACGCCUCGCGUCGUCGUGUGUCCAGUACGCAGCUCAGAUCCUGUUUAAAGCAUUUCUGUGGUCGUCGGCGCCGCUUUUCGAUGCUAUCCACGACGCAGCAUCCGUCGAUGAAGCCGCGACGACAUCCGCCAUGGACGACCUCGUCCAGCACCGUGACAACCUGGAAUUCAUGCUGCUCCGCCUCCUUUCGGUGCACCUCAGCGCGUCCGUGACGGCAUCGACACCUACCGACCAAGUGCACGACAUCCCCGAGCUCGAGCUCACCAACUACCAAAUCUCGUACGUGAACGACUUGCACAAGACGGCGUUUCUACUCCUUAGCGACUUGCGGUGUCUGUGCACCCAACGGUUUGAAGACGCGGUGGCGCCGUUCAGUCGCCUGGCGUACCGGCCACACAAGAAUUUGCUCAUGCUGUCGCAGUCGUAUUUCGAACGCGUCAUGAACGAUGGCGACGCCGACGACGAUACGAAACAAAGUGUGCUGGUGGCACUGGCGUGCACGUCGUUGUGCAAUCCCCAGAACAAGCGGCAGGCGGCGGCGGUGCUCCAGCACAUGACAAGCGACGCAUUCCAGCCACUCGUGAAAGCGUUUGGCAAGCGCAUGAUGGCCGUGUCGGUCGUCAAGUACUUGGAAAUCCAAAUGCUGUCGCUCCAACAGACCUUUGAAGAAACCGGCGAAGCCGCCGUCGAGUUGGCGAAGGUUCUCAACCAGAGUUUGGGCGCCAAGUUGCCGGCAACCAUCCGUGGAAGUUUGUUGAAGUUCAUGUCCGAGGGGAUGCGGUAUGGCUUGGAUGCACCGGAGAACGCGGCGUUUUUUGCCAUCGUGAAGCCAUAUCUCGGUCGGCUGGACAAGGCCAGCUUGAAGACACUGCACAACCACUUGUCCAAACUCCUCGCCGGCAAACCAGACAUGAAUCCGCUCGACCACGCAGCGGUUGCGGACAUGGUUGCUGUCUUGAGCGGCGAGAAGGACGCCGUUGUGAUGGCGCCCAAACCGGCAGUGGCCGCGCACGAGCGAGUUCGCGACAACUUGUCUGACGACGACGGAAAGCCAGUGCCCCGUCGGUCGCGCAACCUAUCGGACGACGAAGACGACGACGAGCCGAAGUUGCUUGGUCAGCAGCCGUCACCCAAGGCACGUACACCUCGUGCAAAGCGAAUUUCCAAUGCCAAUGCCGACGACAAUCCCAAGAAGAAGCGCAUUUCUGCCAUGACUUCGCAAAACAGUGGCGACAAGCAAGAUGCCGCGAUGACCCCAUCGCGGGCGCGCACGAAGACGCCUCCGACCAGGGCAAAUUCCAUCAAACGCACACCGCAACGUCGAUCCACUCGCAGUAAGGUCGUGGUCGAGUUGGAUUCCGACGAUCAAAGUGACGACGAGGACGUAGAAGAUGCCGAAGCGGACCUGGUCCAGGAGGAGGCGCCAGCUGCUGCUCGCAAGCGCAAAUCCAGCACACAGGCUCUUGAGCAAGAGAACACUCGGGUCACUCGUGGCAAACGUUCCAAGCCUGUCGAAGCCGUUGAUGCACCGGACGUGGAAGACACAAAUGCCAUCGCUGACGACAACGACGACGAAGUGGUUGGGUUUCGACCGAAGCGAAGGAGACAGUAGGGACGCCGGGCCGACCCGGUCCUUUUGCUCCAUGCCAAACAUGCAACACGAACGAAUCUCUGUGUGCAUCCACGUGUCUUAUUCCAUGCAAUCAUCGACUCUCCAUCUACUCCUUCGGCUUGGC